CACAGAAACAUGAAGUAAAGGUCAACAGUCAUUUCUCAUUUUCUCAGAGCUGGAUAUUGCUUUAUUACUGGAAGUGGAGGAGGAUUGUUUAUUUCUCUAAUAAUAAUGAUAGUCUGUGAGAAUUGAAGGAUUUUAGUGAGCUUGGAAAUGACUGACUGGAACCUUUUUGGUGCGAGACAGAUGUUGAUCCAACAUGUGGUCGUCUUGGUUUAUGUUUAUGUUUCAUCAUUUCAUGAGGAUUGAGUUGAUUUUUAAAAAAUUAUGAGAUAGUGCAGAAAACUCAGAAAUAUACAAUGCCGAACACAUUUAUUGAUAGUGAUAUAUCUUUAAUGGCCGUAGCAUAAUCUUGCACUGAUAAAUUUAGAAAGUUCCAACAUUGGUAGCCCUGCUGUCCAUAUUUUUGCACAGCUAACAGAACAGUAGAACAAAACAGAAGUUGAAAAGACCAGUUGAUGAACUAUCUUCAGUUUAUUGGCACUCAGAAUUUUAUUUAAAAUGGUCCUGGCAGUAGUAAUAUAAUAUCAUGAACCCUAACAAGGUUCCAAAGGUCUUUGGAAGAAAACCACAUCACAUUUUCUCCACUGUUGGUAUACCUUUCUACAUAUUUACUCUUUGUUUCUUGCCAAGGAUACCUAGAGCUUAGGCCAAAAAACUUUGCCACAACUGACCAGAGCACAUUGUUCUAUUCAAAGUCUUAGCUGGGUUCAGCAAACUCCACAAUCUGUGAUGAUAAGACAGAAAAUGUUUUUUUGAGUGGGUGGAGUGGGGUCACUUAAACAAAUGGCUGACUCCAACAUGUCAGUCUUUGUUAUGUUUUUUUUUUUUUUUCUUGCAGUGAGCUUUGAAGAUUUUAAUUUUACCCCUCCAGACAUCCUGACUGUUUGAUUACAAGAUAACCAGGGGUUGUCAUCCAGCCUACUGGCCAUUUGGAUAAAAAAAAUGGGCCUUUUAUUUCUGUCAUAUUUAUACCCCAUGGAAAAAAAGAUGUGUAGAUUAUUUAUUAGACAUUCCUAAAAAUGGCUGAACUUGAAAAGUAAAACAAAGCACAAUUGAAUGAAAUGCUUCAUUUCUUUCAAGAGGACUUUUAGGUACUCAAAUUAAAGCUCAGAUUUUUCCUAGCUUUUUUAGUGUGAGACUUUGCUACUACAAUAAAAUCUGAAUGUGUUUCAAAGCUGUCAAGUAGUUCCAAUAAAUUCAAUUCAAAAUUGAAUUGAAAUAAAGCUGACCAUGCAAACAGUCACAAUAUAAUUUUUUCCCAGUAAAUGAUACAGCAAAGAUGAAUGUUGCAAGUUUAUACAUAAAGUUAAUGGUAUCCAAGUUAUUGAUCAAAUUAAGGCUGUGUAUUUUUGGCAGCUCCAGGUAAGCCACAGAUUAUUAAUAGAUCUGGCAGUAAUUUUUACACUUUACUUUUGACUGGAACCAAUUAUUUUUGAGUGGCAGAACAGUCCUGACUUGGAGCUGUGGAAGGAAUACUUAUAUUCUUAUAUAAGGUGGUGUAUAUAUGCUAGGAUAAGGUAAAGUUAUUCCUUUUCUAUUGUUUUAACCAUAUAUUCACUUAACCUGCACAUACAACUAUAUAUACAGAAAAUAACAAUAGAAGAGUUUGUGUACAAACAAGCCACUUUAACAUAAUAAACUUUAAGUGUCAGUGAUAUUUUGCUUAAACCAUCCUUGUUCUUCGUUUAAUGAGAUGUUUAGAGAAGGCAGAAAUACUCAAGAGAUUACCACUAAUAAUAUUAAUUAUAUAUGGCGCAGUGAAGCUACCACAUAUAAGUAUGUUCCUUAUAAAGUGUAUAUAUAGUGAAUAACUGAGUAAAGCUAAGCAGUUACUAUCCACCUCAGCUCAAAUGUCACGUUCUGAUUCAUGUUAACCGGAAAUGCUGGCAAUGUAUAAAAUGUAAGGAUAAAAACGGUCUCGCACCUGACACGCCAGUAAGGCUACUUGUUGAAUAAAACUGAUUGCACGUUGUUAGUCAACGUGAUGACGACAUCCGUUUAGUCGAGACCACGUGAUUCCUUUACCUGUGCCCAGCCUAUUUACUUCUGCUGAGACGAGCCGCUGCGCACACAUAGGUUUCAGUUAAGUGUUUCUUAGAAAACUUUUAGAUGUUUAUCUUGGUGUUCUGAACAGCAUUCUGCUGUAGUUCCCUUUAUUGUUGUAGCCUUUGUUUAAGUUUUUCAUCUCCUACUGUGUGGACUUCGACCUCCGCUACUGAGGCACCUGUUAAAAACAAGGAAGUCUAUUUCUGCUCAACCCGUCUCGUAAAUGAAAUUAAAACGGGGUUUGUAGAUGAUCACGGUCGACAAACGGGUGUUUUGUGCUCUAUGCUGAUCCUUUAACCCUGACCCAGGACGAUCACUGUCAUCUAAACAGGAUAAAGCUGCUUUCCACUCGGAACAAGAUGAACGGCUCCUUGGACAUGGAUUCAUUGUCCAAAAAUAACUCGAUUGUUCACCUGGAUGAACCAAUCCUUCCGGAAAACAUAACUAUCAUUCGGACAAGGAACGGGUCACUCACGGAGGGUCAGAUGUUUCUGAACACGAUGACUGCUCAGGCCCUGUCUGGGAUAUUUGUCUGGUCCGCCUUGCUCAUAACAUGCCACCAGAUCUACACACACCUUCGGUCCUAUACUGUCCCCAAUGAGCAGCGCUACAUCAUCCGCAUACUGUUCAUUGUGCCAGUUUAUGCCUUUGACUCCUGGCUCAGCCUCCUAUUCAUCAGCAACGACCAGUACUAUGUUUAUUUCGAUUCCGUUCGAGACUGUUAUGAAGCUUUUGUUAUUUACAAUUUCCUGAGCCUGUCCUUCGAGUAUCUUGGAGGAGAGAGUGCAAUCAUGUCUGAGAUUAGAGGGAAACCUAUACAGUCAAGUUGUUUAUAUGGGACGUGUUGUCUGGUUGGAAUGAGCUACUCCAUCGGCUUCUUAAGAUUCUGCAAACAGGCGACUCUCCAGUUCUGUGCUGUCAAACCCAUCAUGGCGGUCAUCACCAUCAUCCUACAAGCCUUUGGCAAAUAUCACGACGGAGAUUUUAAUGUUAAUGGAGGCUACCUGUACAUCACAAUCAUCUACAACUUCUCUGUGAGCCUGGCCCUCUAUGCACUCUUCCUUUUCUACUUUGCCACAAGUGACCUGCUCAGACCGUAUGAACCAGUGCUCAAAUUCCUCACAAUAAAGUCUGUCAUAUUUUUAUCCUUCUGGCAAGGAAUGGUCCUUGCUAUCCUGGAGCGGUGCAGCGUCAUUCCCAACGCACUUUUCAUUGAAGGACAUGAAGUGGGUGCUGGAACCGUUGCAGCCGGCUGGCAGAACUUCAUCAUCUGCAUCGAAAUGUUCUUUGCUGCCAUUGCGCUCCGAUAUGCCUUCCCCUGCACCGUCUACCAAGAGAAGAAAAACGACGUGCCAGAGAAUCUUCCCCCAAUGCAGAGCAUCUCGAGCGGCUUAAAGGAAACCAUAAACCCAGGCGACAUGGUUCAGGACGCCAUCCACAACUUCUCGCCAGCGUAUCAGCAGUACACUCAGCAAUCCACACAGGAGGUCAGCCAGCCCAGCACUAAUGGAAAAGUGGCCACGGGCAACAAGAGCUCUCGCAAGUCCGACAAAAUCAUGCUGAUUACAUCAGAUGAUGAGUUCUAGGCAUUUUUCCAGCAAGAGACCCAGGUGUUGGUGCCCUUUCCACCUUUACCUCUGACCCCCUGGGGAAAAAGCUGUGUUGAUUUACUCGCAGAACUGGGUUGAACACAAGCGGUUUAUUUUCGCAAGUACUUAGACAGGACUUCCUGCUUUUAUAAUGAUGAUUUUAAUCAGAGGAUGUGCAUGAAAUUUUAAGUUUUAAAUUUCGUCACUGAAUGUGUCGAGAACUGAUCCGUCUCCAUCUUGCUGCGAUAAUCUAGAAAAUGACAUGUCAUCUUCACUUCAUCACACGAGUCAGGAGCCACGCGCUUCCCUUAAAUCAAGCUGCCGGAUUUUCAGCUGCGUCCCCCGAUGCCGACUCCGUCUGCGCCAUCUCGCCAUUGCAGCCUCUCUGGCUGUCUGAAGUGUGUUCCAUCUGAAUCAUGUCAGUUUCAAAGAGCAGAUGAUUAAUAUGUGACUCCAGGUGGGAGGCAGGGGAAGCCGGCAAUGACUGAGAAUGGCACUUCAUGGACCGUUACUCACAUCUGCUUGUUUGAAGUAUUUGCUGAGCAUUCCUCAGCAUGGUUUCCUGACGAAUGAAAGGCUUUUUUUCAACGACGUAUUAGUUUUGGAGCAGGCAAUUCGAACUGCACUUCACUAUCCUUUGUAUCCACCAUAGCAGGCACAAAUUACAUAAACCUGUUGUCUACAAAGAGGGAAGUUGGAUCAUCUCAUUAAUUUUCUCAGCAUGCUAAAGAGUAGCCCAAAUAGAUAGCCAGAUUAAGUAAUUUUUUUUUCUUAAGGAAUAUUCUCUAUUGUGACUAUUUUUUGUGUAGCUUUUAUGAUUUCAUUUCGAUGCUCAUGUUAUCCCAUCUUGCAAGGGUCAUGAAAUGUGUUCACAAGCUGAUUAGUGUUAAUUUUACUGCUCAGUAUGGUCUGUGUACAAAUAUGUAAUUGUAAACAUUUUAUUCUAUUUAUUGUGAAAAGUUCAGGCCAUUUCAGUUAUUGAACAUUUAUACAUUUUACUUUUUAUUCUCAAUUUUUAUGGUUAAACCUCUAUAUGUAAGUAUAGCUUUUCAGGGACUUUUUUUGUUAAGUUAUUUUUUUAACUUGUGCCAAUGUGUAAGUGUUUUUUUUUUUUCUGGGAAGGCAUUUAUUAUUAUAAAUGUACAAAGUAGUUCUAAAUUAGCUUUAAAUUAGACUUUUUAAAAACUUUAAUGCAACAAAAACUGAACAUUUUGAUGAGGAAAAUUUUAUUUUGAGGUAUAAAAACACAACAAUACUAUUAAAAUGAAUAAUUGACCAUAUUUUCUUUUCUAUCAGGGCAGAAAAAUUUUUUUUAUUUGUACACAAGGGUAGUUCAUUGAGAAAACAUGUAAAUAAAUGCAAAAUAAAAAUAAUUUAGCUGUUCUUCUUUUAUACAAUUACACAAAUCAAUGAAAUAAAUA